AUGGAAACUGUAGAAGUGAAUAGUGUAUCCUUAAAACGUCCUCGCUCUGAGGAUGAUGUGGCUAAUGUAGAUGAAAUUAAAAGACCGAAGAUCUCAGAGAAGUCUAAGACAGGGAACGACUCUGGGCAGAGCAUUGAGGCUGUAACAGAACAACCUGACAAAUCUCUGCUUGAGGACACGAAAAAUGAAAUAAUGCCCAAUGAGGAAAGUGAGGAGCAGGAAGAUGAGGAACUAGAGGACAGUGAUGAAGAUGGAGAUCCGGAGAGCUUUGCAGACAUGAUGAAGCAUGGACUGACAGAAAGUGAUGUUGGCAUAACUAAAUUUGUUAGCUCUCAUAAAGGGUUUUCUGGAAUCUUAAAAGAGAGAUACUCAGACUUUGUUGUCCAUGAAAUAGGCAAAGAUGGACGUGUGAGUCAUUUAGAUGACUUUUCUGUUCCAGUGGAUGAUGAGGACCCAUCAGAAGAAACAUUUACAGUUUUGUCAGAUGAAGACAAGCAGCGUUUAGAGGAGCUCCAGCUUCUUAAGAAUAAGGAAACUAGUGUUUCCAUAGAGGUAAUUGAAGACACCAAAGAAAAAAGAACAGUUAUUCAUCAGGCUGUGAAGUCUUUGUUUCCUGGACUGGAGACUAAAACAGAAGAUCGAGAUGGAAAAAAAUACAUCAUUGCUUAUCAUGCUGCUGGGAAAAAAGCACUGGCAAAUCCAAGAAAACACUCUUGGCCAAAAUCUAGGGGAAGCUACUGCCACUUCGUACUGUACAAGGAGAACAAGGAUACUAUGGAUGCCAUUAAUGUCCUAUCCAAAUUUUUAAGAGUGAAGCCAAACAUAUUUUCCUACAUGGGAACUAAAGAUAAAAGGGCUAUAACAGUUCAAGAGAUCGCUGUUCUUAGAAUCACUGCACAAAGACUUGCUCAUUUGAAUAAAUGUUUGAUGAAUUUCAAAUUAGGAAAUUUCAGUUACAAGAACCAUCCACUGAAAUUAGGAGAACUGCAAGGGAACCAUUUCACUGUUGUGCUCAGAAACAUAACAGGAACUGAUGACCAGAUAGAGCAAGCAAUGCACUCUCUCAGGGAAAUUGGAUUCAUUAAUUACUAUGGAAUGCAAAGAUUUGGAACCACAGCUGUUCCUACGUAUCAAAUUGGCAGAGCUAUUCUACAGAACAAUUGGAAUGAAGUAAUGGAUUUGAUACUAAAACCACGACCAGGAGCUGAAAAGGGAUACUUAGUAAAAUGCAGAGAAGAAUGGGCAAAGACUAAAGAUCCAGCAGCAGCCCUCAAGAAACUACCCGUAAAAAGGUGCGUGGAAGGACAGCUUCUACGCGGACUCUUAAAGUAUGGAAUGAAGAACAUAAUCUCUGCAUUUGGCAUAAUACCAAGAAAUAAUCGUUUAAUGUAUAUUCAUAGCUACCAGAGUUAUGUGUGGAAUAAUAUGGUGAGCAAGAGAAUAGAAGAAUAUGGGCUUAGAGCUGUACCAGGAGAUCUUACACUUAAAGGAGCCACAGCUGUUCAUAUCGAAGAAGGAGAUGUUAAUAACUACACUAUCCACGACGUAGUGAUGCCAUUGCCUGGAUUUGAUGUUAUUUAUCCAAAGCAUAAAAUUGGUGAGGCCUACAAGGAAAUGCUAGUAGCUGACAAUCUUGAUAUCAACAACAUGAGGCAUAAGAUCAGAGAUUAUUCACUUUCUGGAGCAUACAGAAAGAUUAUCAUCCGACCCCAGAAUGUCAAUUGGGAGGUCGUUGCUUAUGACGAUCCCAGAAUCCCGUUAUUUACUACAGAUUUGGAUAAGCUGGAAGGAAGACCAUUACCAGUUCUUCCUGCAGAUGGUAAAUUCAGGGCACUAAAGAUGGAGUUCUCCCUUCCCCCAUCCACUUAUGCUACCAUGGCAAUUCGAGAAGUUUUGAAAAUGGACACAAGCAUAAAAAAACAGACACAACUGAAUACUACCUGGUUACGCUGAACAAACUGCAGAAAGGACUUAGAUUUUAACAUAUAUAAAGUGUUCUCCUAUUUACAUGUUCUGUACAAAUCUUUAAGGACUGGUAGCAAGAGAUUUGUAUUUUUUUAAGUUUUUAUUAGUGCUAGCAUUUAACUUCAGUAGUCAUUUGCAAGAUGGCGGCUGUAAUAUAACAUAGAUCUUAGUCACUGGUGCUUUUAACGAAAUGAGUAAGUUGCUUGAGCCGUUAACAUGGGUGCAUUUUAAGAAGGGGGCUUAUAAUAGUUUCAGACCGGGAAGAAUG